AUAAAUGAGCUAUAUGUAUAAGUAUGGGGUUUCCUAGAGUAGAGGAAAUAGCAAAUAUUACAACUUUACAGAGUAUCACAGUCACAGAGAAACAUCAAGAUUGAAGAGAGUGAGAGAGUUGGAAGAAGAAGUGCCAAAUGGGAAGAAGCCCUUGUUGUGCUAAGGAGGGGUUGAAUAGAGGUGCUUGGACAGCUCAAGAAGAUAAAAUUCUCAAAGAAUACAUUAGAAUCCAUGGUGAAGGCAAAUGGAGGAACCUUCCGAAAAGAGCAGGUUUGAAAAGAUGUGGGAAGAGCUGCAGGCUUCGCUGGUUGAAUUAUCUUAGACCAGACAUUAAGAGAGGUAACAUAUCACCGGAUGAAGAAGAACUCAUCAUUAGGCUUCACAAGCUCUUGGGAAACAGAUGGUCUCUAAUAGCUGGGAGGCUUCCAGGGCGAACAGACAAUGAAAUAAAGAACUAUUGGAACACCAAUUUAGGAAAAAGAGUUGGUGACCCUCAAUGCCCUGCUCUAACUCCUAAGCAUUCUUAUGAAAAUAAAUCGAAGCAAACAUCAAAGCAGAGCAAUUUAUCCACGCAUGUGAUCCGGACCAAAGCAAUUAGAUGUUCUAAGGUAUUUCUCACACCACAGCCGCCAAGCCAAUAUGAACAUUAUUUUAGCUCCAUGGAGUUGGAGACAGUUGGGACAGGACACCAAAUAUUGGAUAUUGGUCAACUUUCCACAAAUAAUAAGCUUGUGGAAUCCGAUACAUAUGAAGAUAAUAAUCAUCUCAAUUCAUUGGAUUUCAUGAUGAAUUUCAACAUGGAGGAAGUUUGCUUGACGGGUCUUCUCAGCUCAGACUUUCCAGAUAUGUGGGACAUAACCAAUUAUUCCGAUAACGAUGCUAGAAGAAAUGAUUUAUCAUCUACUUCAGAACAACCUCUAAUUCUCUCUCAACAAUUGCCGCAAGAUUGGACUACUAGCGAUUGUGUUCAACUUCUACCCAAUGUAGCUACCAAUCUUCAGUCUUUGGCUUCACUUCUCGAUCCCGGAGAGGAAUGGCUGGCACAAUAAUUGAGUCAAAACUAUAUGUACAUGUUAAUAUUUUCAACUACAAGAUUGUAUAUCUUAUUUUUGUUUUUCAAACUUGUGCUGGUGUGGUCGCAUUAUCAAUAUAGUUAUCCUUUCAUUUUCCACUUUA